AUGGGAAAUCAGUACACGACGAUUAAAAAUGAGACGACAGCUGAUUUUUAUGUAAUGAGCUUUAACGAUGCAGAUCUCGUUUAUUCGCAAUAUUAUUUGUUCAAAAGAUGCCCAGCUGGACAAACGAUUGAUAUAGGAACUUCGGAUAAAAACUCGAAAAAAAUUUCUCUUUUCGCUAUUUUCAAGAAUUUAAUCACAGGAUUCAACAAAGGUGACUACGAUUUAUGGCGAGUUCGGAACCAUGAAGAAGUCGUCAUCAGUUACAUAGGAGACAAGAAGGGCGCUGGAGUUAGGGAAACAAAGAAUGCAGUGACUUAUUUGACCAGAUACACCUAUCGAUUUGACCCUGUCGAUUCUAAAGCCGUGGCUGGAACCAUGGACGGAAUACGAAGAUGGGCAGCUGCUCACCCAAAUGAUCCUGUCAAUAAAUAA